AUGGAGAACCAAGCAGUGAUGAGUUUCUCUGAGGAGGACAAGGUGGGAACUAUACAGCCGCAUGAUGAUGCCCUAAUGGUCACCCUCAGGAUAGGGGGAUAUAAUGUUAAGAGGGUGAUGGUGGAUCAAGGCAGUGGAGCAAAGAUUAUGUACCUUAAUUUAUAUAACAGGCUGGGCUUGAAACCUGAGGACUUGAUAGCUUAUGAUUCGUCUUUAGUAAGUUUCGAUGGGAAAGCUGUUAUUCCUAGAGGCCAGAUUCGACUGCCCAUACAAGCAGGAUCAAAGGUGGUGGAGGUGAAUUUCAUUAUAGUGGAUGCCUUUGCUCCCUACACGGCCAUUAUGGCAAAACCCUACCUUCAUGCCCUGGGGGCUGUUUCCUCCACUCUGCAUUUGAAGGUAAAAUAUCUGUUUGGGGACCAGAUUGAGGAGCUGGUUGGGAGCCAAUUCGUGGCGAGACAGUGCUUGAUCGCUGCAAUAACACAUCAGCCAAGAUUGGAAUCCUCGGCCUCUGCUGAGAUGAGCCUAUAG